AUGUUGAGGAAAUUACUUACUUAUCAUUUAGCAAAUAUAAAUAACUUUGUUAAACGAUCGAUUAUUAUUGAAAAGAAUGAACGGAAUCUAGUUACUCAAAUGAAAUCAAUGAAUAAUAAUAAACAAUUCAAAAAAGCACUUCAAUUAUUUGAUGAACAUAAUAACAAUAAUACGAAUACUGAUCAAAUGUCUAAUUUAGUUUUCACACAAGUUUUAAAAUCAUGUACCGGAUUACGUGAUUUUCAACGUGGAACUAAGAUUCAUAGUAUUGUUUCAAAUCGUUUGAAUAAAGAUUCAUAUUUAUUAACAUCUUUAAUUCAUUUCUACAUGCAAUGUAAUCAAGUAAGACAAGCUGAAGAAUUAUUUAACAUGAUUAAGGAAAAAACAUUACCUAUGUUUGGUGCUUUGAUGAAAGGUUAUAUUACAAAUCAUCAAGCAAAUAAAGUUAUUACAUUAUUUGAUCAGAUUGAUCAUCCUGAUGAAACUAUAUAUAUCCUUGUUUUAAAUGCAUGUGCUCAAUUAAAAACUAAUCAAGCAUUAAUUUUAACAAAACAAAUUGUUAACAUUGUUCAAGAUAAACUUCAAUCAAAUUCCUAUCUUUCAACUUCAUUAUUAGAUGCAUUAGCUAAAUGUGGUGAUAUGGUAGAAGCUGAAAGAUUAUUUCAUUCAUUAGUAAAUAAAAUCUCACCUAUGCAUGGUGCAUUGAUGAAAGGAUAUAUAGAAAAUCAAAUGGAAAAUAAAGUUAUUGAACAUUUCAAACAUAUAGAAAAACCUAGUGAAAGUGUUUUAACUCUUUUCUUUAAUGCAUGUGCUCAAUUAAAGACUGACGAAGCAUUAAAUUUAAUUAAAAAAACUUCAAAAACUAUUUCGAAAUCAUUCAGUUUAAAUUCUCGUCUUUUAACAUCUCUAUUAGAUGCAUUAGUUAAAUGUGGAGAUUUAAAUUAUGCACAAAACUUAUUCGAUCAAUUACCGCAAAAAACAUUAUCAAUGUAUAAGGUUAUGAUUAAUGGAUAUUUAAAAGAAAAUAAUUCUUUUAAAAUAUUAAAUCUAUUUUCUGAAAUGAAAUUAAAGCAUAUUGAAAUUGAUCAUAUCAUUUGGACUUCUAUCAUAAAAGCUUUAGCUUAUAUUGGAGAUUUGGAGUUAUCUAAAUCUAUUGUUGAACAAAUGCCUGAAUCUUGUUUGAUUGAUAAUCAAAUACACAAUGCAUUGAUUCAUAUGUGGGGAAAGAGUGGUUGUGUUGAUGGAGCAGAGAAAAUUUUCAAAAAAAUUUCUCAACCAAAUACUAUUGGAUAUGCAGCAAUGAUUAAUGCUUAUGGUUUAAAUGGACAAGGUUUAAAAGCCAUUGAACUUUAUGAACAAGUUCCUGAUGAAUUCAUCAAUGAAGCUACUUAUAUUUGUAUUUUGAAUGCAUGUUCACAUGCUGGACUUGUUAAUAAAGCUUUGUUAAUAUUUAACAAAAUCGAAAUGAAAACAGAAAGAAUUUAUACAGUUAUGAUCGAUUGUCUUAGUCGAUCAUUUUUUUUCAUAGAAGCACAACAGUUAAUCAAUGAAUAUGAAUCGUCUCAUUUACCUUCAGCACCUAUGUAUUUGGCAUUAUUAUCUGCUGCUCGAAACGCGAAAAAUCAUCAUUUAUCACAAGAAAUUUAUAAUCGUAUGAAGAAGCAUUUUCCUCAAUUAUCAGAUUCAAUAACAUCAGCUGCAAUUCUUCUUUCUAAUGUUUAUGGAUCAGUAGGUGAUAUGGAGAAAGUAUCUGAAAUCAGAACUAAAUUAAAUCCAUCUGGUGCAAAGAAAAAAAUUGGCCUUUCAUGGACUGUUAUAGAUGGACAAGUUUAUGAAUUUCGAGCUCAUGAUCAAUCUCAUCCUCAAUCAAAAGAAAUUUAUGAUGAAAUUGAAAAAAUCUCAAAUGAACUUGUUCAACAUGGUCACCAAUACGAUUCCAGUUGGAUUACACGACCAAUUAAUCAAGAUGAAACAGUUUCAUCUGUACUUUGUGGGCAUAGUGAAAGACUUGCUAUUGCAUGGAAUUUUGUUGCCAAACCGAAUACAUCACGAAUUCAAUUGGGAAAAAAUCUUCGCAUUUGUGGAGAUUGUCAUAGUGCAAUAAAACUCAUUGCUAAUAUUCGUCAAUGUGAAAUUGUUGUUCGAGAUGCAAACAGAAUUCAUCAUUUUUUUAAAAAUGGUCAAUGCUCGUGCAAUAAUUUUUUCUAA